AUGAUGACUGAGAUACUUCAGAAAAUCGCAGAAGAAUAUAACGUGGCAGUGUUCAUCAGCAACCAGAUGACAGCUGAUCCCGGAGCUGGUAUGACUUUCCAGGUGGAUCCGAAAAAGCCCAUUGGAGGUCACAUACUUGCUCAUGCAUCAACUACUCGUAUCAUGCUGAAGAAGGGUCGCGGAGAGACUCGUAUUGCUAAGAUCUAUGACAGCCCCGACAUGCCAGAAAACGAGGCCACUUUCGCUAUUACUAAUGGAGGAAUUGUUGAUGCAAAGGAAUAG